AUGGUGACUGCCGAUUUAUCCACGAGCAAUGAAAAAACAGUAGUACUGGUAACAGGCGCUUCCGGUUACAUUGCCUUACACUGCGUUAAACAACUCCUUGAAGAUGGUUAUACAGUUCGCGGCACUGUACGAAACUUGCAAAACUCGGCGAAGGUAAGUCCACUUCGUGAUAUGAAGUACAGCGCAGAAAGGCUAGAACUGGUAGAAGCUGAUCUCGAAUGUGCAGAGCAUUGGCAUAGGAAUGUCGCAGUGCACGCUUCUGUGCGUCUGCUCUUUGAAUCAGUUUAUUUGCGUUUCAGUGCGGUCGACGGAUGCACGUACAUUUUGCAUAUAGCAUCACCAUGGCCAAUUGUAGCUGAUGAAACAACCAUUGCAGUUGCAACAAAUGGUACCCUAAAUGUUCUAAGAGCAGCGGCCGAAUGUAGGACAGUCCGAAAAAUCGUACUAACCAGCAGCUGUGCAGCUGUCAACGAUGGCCAUAAAAAUGGUGCGCGUGUAUUUGACGAAGAGUGUUGGGCGAAUUUGGAAAGUAAACGGAUGGAAAAUUACGGCCGCUCCAAAGCAAUUGCCGAAAAAGCAGCGUGGAAUUAUUGGAAUACUUUACCAGCUGUGCCGAAAAUUUCGCUUGGUAUGGUUGACGUGCGCGACGUCGCUCGGGCACAUAUACGUGCCAUGAGAUGUCCGGAUUCUGACGGAGAGCGAAUCCUCAUCACAGCAACACCUUCUGUUUGGUUCGAGCAGAUUGUCGAGUGGCUGCAUAAAGAGUUCAAAAAUCAAGGAUUUGUGAUUUCUCGUGUUGUGGUGCCAAAUUGGCUGGUGAAACUUUACGCCAAGUCAAAGCUGGAUCCGCAUGUGGCCGCAAUAACACAUCGAUUUGGACCGGAGUUGCGAUUUGAUAACACAAAGGUAGUAACAUUGUAUUCAUUUGAAAACUGCUCAAUUACCUUUCUUGUUGGUUUGAAAGCUUCGUACUGCGCUACAUUCAUUUCGAAAGCAGGGAAAACUGCUUUCGAGACGGAAAAAAACGUGGGGUGA